AUGCCCCAAGAGGGCCAGAAACUGUCGCAAUGCGGUUCCAGCCGCGACGAUGCAGUGUCUCGAGGUUGUCAAUUCGACAUUAUGAGCUUUUCCUGGCUUCCGCCCGCUUGUUAUGACGAGGCGUUAGCCAUUGAGUUUGCUGGACUUCGAGGCUGGCAAUAUUUUCGGGAUGAAAAUCGAACGACGGGCAUCCCGAGGAAAGAGGUGGCACUGGGACAAUACGACCUCCUUUAUGUCUCCACGGAGUACCAUGUUCUGCAUUGUACGUAUAUGUGGCGGAAAAUGCAUCGAGCUGUUUUGAAGGCCGCUCCCAUCGACGGAUACAUUGGAGAAUAUAACCACACAAAGCAUUGUGAGGAGGUGCUGGUCGGAGAGAGGACAAAGGACCUGAAUUCCACUGCAUUGAUGGUGAUGAAGGUUUCCCUCCUGUGGCUUUUGAGACAAGUCAAGGUAUGUUCUCGACUUGGUUCAGGGAAGGAUGAGAUGGCCGCAGCCCUGAUGGAGAGUCUGGAUUGCUUGGGUUCAUUACGAUAUGAAGUUAAGCGUGUACGAUAG